AUGGCCUCUCCUGCUGCGCUGCUGGGCUUUGGGCGGCCUGAGUCUCUGGACUCCCCCAUCGACCGAAGAUCGGACUACUACAGGCAGCAGGCGCUGCUGCAGACGCUGAAAGAGCAGGGCAAGCUCAAGCCGCAGCCGCUGCUCACGCCGCCCAACGUGCUCACCUUUGCGCGGGUGGCGCUGGUGCCGCUCUUCAUGCUGCUGUGGCACGCCGCCCACCAGUACGCCUCCAUAGCCACCGCCGCCGUCUUCAUCGCCGCCUCCAUCACAGACUGGCUGGACGGCUACCUGGCGCGGCGGAUGAAGGUGACCUCCGCCUUUGGCGCCUUUCUGGACCCUGUGGCAGACAAGAUCAUGGUGUCCACGGCGCUGGUGCUGCUGGCCACGGUGCCUCCCGCGCCCAUCACCACGCUGGGCAUGGCGGUGCCGGUGUGCCUGGUCAUCUCCCGGGAGAUCACGAUGAGCGCGCUGCGCGAGUGGGCCGCCGCCUCGGGCGGCGGCGCGCACAAGGCGGUCAACUCUCUGGGCAAGUGGAAGACGGCGCUGCAGAUGGUCAGCAUGAGCCUGCUGCUGGUGCUGCGAAACGCAGACCACCUGUUCCACGACCCCUCGCCGCACUUCAUCGAGUGGCACCACUACCUCACCUGGUGCGCCUUCCUCAUGCUGUGGCUGGCAACGGCCCUGGCCCUGGUCUCCCUUUACAACUACAUGGCCAACGUCUGGCACUUCUUCCGGUACCCCGGUCUGGCAAAGCCGCACUGA